AGGUUGUGAUUGGCUGUCUGAGCCAAGCGCCGAAGCAGACGAUUGGCUGCCGCCGUACGCUCGGAAAAUGGGGCACGAGUGCACGAGUACACCCGAGCACGAGAAGGCUACGUCGGCUGUGACGUCACGGGUCUCGGAGGGAAUAUAACCGGUGGUGGCUCGCGCUUGACUUGAAAGAAGCAACAGGAACUCACCGGCAUUCUUCUUCUAUACGUUUUCUGUUUGGGAUUUUUUUUUUAAAUCCUCGCUUUGAGAGAAUACCGGACUUUUACUUGAGCAAGACUAACGAGAAGAGACGUCAGAAGAUGAAAUACGUUAUAGGAAUUGGCGGAGUGACAAAUGGUGGUAAAACCACCCUGACAGAUAAGUUGGUCAAGAAUUUGCCCAACUGCUGUGUUGUGCACCAGGAUGACUUCUUCAAGAAACCCGAUCAGAUAGAAGUCGGGGACGACGGCUUUAAACAAUGGGAUGUGAUCACAGCUUUGGACAUGGAGGCCAUGGGCAACACAGUCAAAGGCUGGAUGGAAAACCCGGUGAAGUUUGCCCGUUCUCACGGUGUCACGUUGUUGUCUUCCCCUGAUGUGGCCAACCCGGAGAAGCAGAUCCACAUCCUCAUUGUGGAGGGCUUCCUGCUCUAUAACGACCCGCAGCUGCUGGACGUGUAUGACAAGUGCUAUUACAUCACCAUUCCCUACGAGGAGUGCAAGAGGAGGAGAAGCACGAGACAAUACACCGUCCCGGACCCCCCCGGCCUGUUUGAUGGCCACGUUUGGCCCAUGUACCUCAAGCACCGCAGAGAGAUGGAGGACAGCAGCUUACAUAUCGAGUACCUGGAUGGAUUAAAAUCAAAAGAAGACAUCUACAACCAGGUGUACGAGGACAUUCAGAACAACCUCCUUAAUCGUUUAUAGCAUGAAGACACCACUCCAUUGCUGUACAGAUGUUUGUAAAUAGUCCACUCAUCCUUUUUUAUGGCAGUUUUUUAAUUGUUGUUUUUGUAAAUAGACUGGAUCAACUUUAAGUUAUCAGUGUUUCCUUCCAUUGUGCGACCAUCAUUGUUUUAAUUUUUAUUGCUGUUAUUUGCGCUGGAGCUUUGACUGGCCAAUCACCUUCUUUCUUCCAGCAAUAAAUGCAUGGAUUCAUCAUGAAGACCUUAGCAUAAAGCUUCUGUUUUAUUCUUGUAGAAUUGGAAAGUGUUUUGUGGCUCAUUACUGCCUUGAAUUAUUCUUAAAAUUCAUUGAUUAUUCAUUCCCACAGGACGACAAUCUAUUUGUGGUUGCGUUGGUUUGCCGGGGGUGACAUAACUGUCAAAUUGACACUAGCAAAGAGUGAAAAGCAAAACAAAUCGAUUCCUCAAUCUAGCAACAACAUUGAUAAAAAGGCAACACCGAUCCCUCCUGCUACGUCUUCUUCCGUCUAAACGCUCUGUCUCUUGCUGUCAGAAGAUGUACGCUGACCUGCUUUGUUUUUGCCUGUCACAUUUGGGAGAGUUGCAAGUAGAUAUUUCUGGGCUUAUCCUAUUUUGGUCCCGUUUGGGGAA